GCGAGGCGAGCCAGUUAGUGUGCCGCGCAGUACUGCGGGAAGUGUGACUGUUCCGGGGGGAUACCGUCUGAGCACUAAGACAUCAUGGCCGACAAGGAUGGCAUCAAGCAUGGCGAGGAGGAGGUGGAAGAAGAAGUCGAACUGAACUACAAGGCCCCGGAGAUGAAAUCUCUGCAGGAAAUCCAAGAGUUGGAUAAGGAUGACGAGAGCUUAACCAAAUACAAGCAGGCGCUGCUGGGCCAACUACCUGCCCAAGUGGAUCCUAACCUCCCCAAUGUUCAGGUAACAAGGCUGACCCUCAUCUGUGACGAGGCCCCUGAACCAAUCACAAUGGACCUUUCAGGGGAUAUCAGCCAUUUAAAGGAAAAGCUCUUUAUAUUAAAGGAAGGUGUGAGCUACAGGGUUAAAAUAUGUUAUAAAGUGAACAAGGAGAUUGUUUCUGGCCUAAGAUACGUCCAUGCCACAUACAGGAAAGGAGUUAAAGUUGACAGUGAGAACCACAUGGUUGGGAGCUACGGGCCCCGAAUUGAAGACUACGAAUUCCUGACCCCCUUGGAGGAGGCACCCAAAGGCCUGAUAGCCCGGGGCACCUACGUCAUCAAAUCCAAAUUCACGGACGAUGACAAAAGUGACCAUUUGUCGUGGGAGUGGAAAUUGGCCAUAAAGAAAGAGUGGAAAGACUAGGGAGGUGCCCCCAUAUAAUUGCCCCUUUCUCUAAUUGUGCUGUUA